GAGAUCACAGUGUGUGCACAUGCAGGCUUUUUUAGACUUCACUAAAGGUUAGAGGAAAAGAUAGAGCAACAGCUCACAGUGUGUCCAGGACCUCCAGGCGCUCCAUUAACUUGAAGAGAAACAGUCUUAGUGGCUGUUUAGAUGGUUUUAGCUUCUUUACCUUUACCACAAUAAUAGUAAUUCGGCCCAUUUCGCAUUUGCAACAGCAGUCGACAGAUAAAAACGGUUUGUGAGAUGCGACUAUCCAGAUCUUUGUCAAUAACGUCAUUAAGUGGACUUCCAUUAUGGGAAGAGGAAAGUCUACCUGUGCAAGACCUCUUGCUUUUUGAGGUCUCGUGGGAAGUCACCAAUAAGGUUGGGGGUAUAUACACUGUUAUUCAGACUAAAGCAAAGAUCACUGUGGACGAAUGGGGAGAGAACUACAUCAUGAUGGGACCUUACUACGAACACAACUUCAAGACCCAGGUGGAGAAAUGUGAACCUCCAAACCAAGCCAUCAAAGCUGCUAUGGACUCCUUGAAUAAUAACGGUUGCCAGGUGCAUUUUGGCCGCUGGUUGAUUGAGGGCAGUCCAUACGUCAUCCUCUUUGAUAUUGGGGCAGCUGCCUGGAACCUGGACCGCUGGAAGGGGGAUCUGUGGAACGCGUGCAGCAUCGGACUACCCUAUCAUGACAGGGAGGCCAAUGACUCGCUCAUCUUUGGUUCUCUUGUGGCCUGGUUCUUCAAGGAGUUAACAGACCAACUACAGGACAAGCCCAACGUAAUUGCUCAUUUCCACGAGUGGCAGGCUGGGACAGGACUUGUACUAAGCCGCUCCCGAAAGAUUCCCUUGGCAACUGUUUUUACUACACAUGCCACCCUACUGGGGCGGUAUUUGUGUGCCGGUAAUGCAGACUUCUACAACAACCUGGACAAGUUUAACAUAGAUCAAGAGGCAGGGGAGAGACAGAUCUACCAUCGGUACUGUUUGGAGAGAGCCGCGGUACACUGUGCACAUGUCUUCACCACCGUGUCCCAGAUCACAGCUGUGGAGGCCAAUCAUAUGCUCCACAGACAACCAGAUGUCGUCACCCCAAACGGGUUGAAUGUUAGGAAGUUCUCUGCCAUGCAUGAGUUCCAGAACCUGCACUCCAUGAACAAAGCCAAAAUCCAGGAGUUCGUAAGGGGUCAUUUCUAUGGCCAUCUGGACUUCAAUCUGGAAAAGACCUUAUUCUUUUUCAUCGCAGGACGAUAUGAGUUUUCUAAUAAAGGAGCAGACCUGUUUCUUGAAUCUCUGUCCAGAUUAAACUACUUGCUAAGGGUUCAUAAGAGUGAUGUUACAGUGGUUGUGUUUUUCAUCAUGCCUGCCAAAACCAACAACUUCAACGUGGAGUCUCUUAAAGGACAGGCUGUACGCAAGCAGCUGUGGGACACCGCUCAGUCGGUGAAGGAGAAGUUUGGCAAAAGGCUUUAUGAGAGCUUGUUAAGGGGUGAGAUCCCAGACAUGAGCAAAAUCCUGGACAGAGAUGAUUUCACAAUCAUGAAGAGGGCCAUUUAUGCAACACAGAGACACACUUUUCCUCCAGUAACGACUCACAACAUGCUGGACGACUCCACAGACCCGAUCCUGAGCAACAUCCGCCGAAUCGGCCUCUUCAAUGGACGCAAUGACAGAGUGAAGAUUGUGUUCCAUCCGGAGUUCCUGUCCUCCACCAGCCCCUUGCUGCCCAUGGACUAUGAGGAGUUUGUGCGCGGCUGCCAUCUGGGAGUGUUUCCAUCCUACUAUGAACCAUGGGGCUACACUCCAGGUGAGUGUACUGUCAUGGGCAUCCCCAGCGUGACUACCAACCUGUCUGGGUUUGGGUGUUUCAUGGAGGAACAUGUAUCUGACCCCUCUGAAUAUGGAAUCUACAUUGUGGACCGGCGGUUCCGUUCUGCGGAUGAGUCGUGUAACCAGCUGACUCAGUUCUUGUUUUCAUUCUGCCAGCAGUCACGUAGACAGCGAAUAAUCCAACGCAACCGCACGGAGAGACUCUCUGACCUGCUGGACUGGAGAUACCUCGGACGGUUCUACAUGCAUGCCCGACAUUUGGCCCUCAGCAGAUCCUUCCCUGGUAAAUUCAAAAUGGACCAUCUUAACCUCGCACCGACACAAGGCUUCCGUUACCCCCGACCCGCUUCUGUCCCUCCAUCCCCAUCGGCUUCCCUCCACUCCACCCCUCACCACAGCGAUGAGGAAGAUGACGACACCUAUGAUGAAGAGGAGGAGGCAGAGAAGGACAGGCAGAACAUUAAGGCACCAUUCACUCUGGGUGCAGAGCCUGAGGGUAAGAGCAAACAACUGCUGGAAAAUGGAAAUUAAGAUCUGCACUCUCCUGCUCCAGUAGUUCUGACUCUAGGACAUAUUUACACCCGCUACCCUCUGAGAAUGUGCUAUAUUUGUCUGACUGCAGCUUUUGAAUGGAUUAUUGAUCAAGUAUCUCCAAUUUAUGAAUGAAAAAAUAUCUUAAACAUACAGUGGCAUUUAAAAGUCUGAGAUGAUACUCAGAUUUAAUAACCCAUUUGAACUUAAUGAUAGACCCAUUUGGCUAAUGAUAACUGAUCCAUGUGGACUCAUUUGUACAGAUGAUUCUUGCUUCCAUCAAAGCUCAAGAUGCUCUUAAGUGUCUUAAAUCAUGCUAGAGAACACGAUCAUCAGAUUUGACAUGAACUUGUGGAGUUCAUACAACUCAAAUGCUGCUGUAAUUAAAGCAAAAGUGGGACAAACCAAAUACUAAGACAGAAAAUUUUUUUAA